UAGAGAAGUGGCUUCCGGUCCUUAGAAAAACUAUGACUAGUCAGGAACUGCAUAAGAGAAGAGACGGCGUAAGUAACAAAGCGCAUAAAUAGGUGGCGGAGAUCCGCAAAGGUAACCGGAUGUCUGGGGCUUAGGACAAGGAGCAUCUGGAGUCUCUUAAAAAAGCACAAAGAUUAAUUAAUAUCAUGUUUACACCGAUCCCAUUAUAUUGUCAAAUGGUCAAUGAAUUAAAACUCUUCUAAGUGUGUUUGUUAUGAUUAUUUAUUCUAUUACCUUAAUUGAUUUACCUAGAUUGUCAGCAUCCCGACCCCAACUUAUUACUUAAUUACCCUCCCUCUUUUUCUAUAUAUACACGUGUGUGCUACAGUCCUUUGCACACUCAAAAGUGACUUAAAACAAGCAUGGGAAGGACACCUUGCUGUGAUAAGAGCAAAGUGAAAAGGGGACAGUGGUCUCCAGAGGAAGAUGAAAUUCUCAAGAAUUACAUCCUUAAGCAUGGCAAUGCUGACAAUUGGAUUACCCUUCCUCACAGAGCUGGGCUAAAGCGUUGCGGUAAGAGUUGCAGGUUAAGAUGGCUGAAUUAUUUGAGACCAGAUAUCAAACUUGGAAAUUUUACACAAGAGGAAGACAGCCUUAUCUGCUCUCUCUACACUCAACUUGGAAGCAGAUGGUCUGUUAUAGCAUCUAAGCUUCCAGGAAGAACAGACAAUGAUAUCAAGAAUCACUGGAAUACCAAGUUGAAAAAGAAGAUGCUUUCAACAACAAAAGCCAACUUUGAUGAUGACAAUAGCAAGGAAGUUUUCAAUUCCUCAAAACAAGCAGCCUAUUCUCCAAUGAGAUUUUCAUUUCCAAGUUGGGAGUCUGCUGAUAAUGAUAAUACAAAAAACAUGGUUCAAAAUGACCAAAAAUAUCCAAGAUUCACUCAGGACCACUCCAAGAUUUCGCCUUCCGAACAAGGAUCAAUGAUUUAUGGAACAUCUUCUUCACUUGAUGAUCUUGCAUGGUUUGAAAGGUACUUUCCAAUGGAUUCAUCCAACACUGAUGAUACUAUGGGUGGCAAUGGCAUAUGGACUCAACAAGAAGAAAUUGAUUUUCCACCCACUUUCGGCUGAUUCGCUUAAUUACUUCUUGGA